GGCAUCGCGUGAAAAGACAAAGCCAUUUUCUUUGUUUUAAGUAGUAGUCGAGGCCCUCCAUUAAAGGAAGAAACUUGAGUUUUCUCUGCUGUCUCUACUCAGCAGCUUAAUGACUCUUGUUUUAGGGUUUUUUGGGUAGGAAAAUCUGUUGGCCCCUCUUCUUUAAUGCAACCCAGUUCUUUAUUUGGAGACCCAUUUCUGUGUUUUCCUUCUUCUUGGGUUUGCUAUGCUCACUGCACUGUGUCUCAAGGCAGUGAGGAAAGGUUUGGAGUAACUUUAUGCUCUCUGUUUCACUGAAGUCCACUGUUUUUCAUUUUUCUUGAGGAUGCUGGUUAAUGGUGAAGCUACAUUGGUCUGAAGGGGGGGUUUUAUGAGGAAAUGCUGCGUUUUCUGUGCUCAAAUCUAUGAAGCUACACGGCUGGUGUUGUUUGUAUGUUGUAGAAAUUAGAAUGUGUGUGGCUGUUGUUAAAAGGCCAUUAAGAUACUGCACUUCUGUAUCUGGGUUGUGAGUUUGCUGUUGAGUUUGGUUGUUGUAUGUUCUUUCCUUUACUGGUAAAAUUUUGGGUUUGAGCUCAUUGAUUCUAGGAAUCCAAAGCUUGGUUUGUCUGGGUUUUGCCCUUUGCCCGAAAAUCAUUUUUGGGGUAUUGGGGAAAGUCUGCUACAUUCUCUUUUUUACCAAUCUGCUGAAUCGUUUGUUUUCUGAGUAGCAUUGAAAAUGACGGCCUUCAGGAUUUUGGUGAUGUCCCUCUUGCUUGUUUCUGCUAUGUGUCAGCUCCCUUCACAAGAUAUCUUGGCGCUGCUCGAGUUCAAGAAGGGUAUCAAGCACGACCCGACCAGGUUUGUCGUGAGUUCAUGGAAUGAGGAGUCUAUUGACUUUGAUGGCUGCCCUUCCUCUUGGAAUGGGAUUGUCUGCAACAGUGGAAGUGUUGCUGGAGUGGUGUUGGAUAAUUUGGGCAUUUCUGCUGAUGUAGAUUUGAAUGUGUUUUCAAACCUCACAAAACUUGCAAAACUUUCCCUGUCGAACAACUUGAUAACGGGGACGAUACCAGACAAUAUAGCCAGGUUUCAAAGUCUUGAGUUUCUUGAUAUCUCCAACAACCUGUUUUCUUCAUCUUUACCGCUGGGGAUUGGCAAGUUAACAAGCUUGCAAAACCUAUCAUUAGCUGGCAACAAUUUCUCGGGUACUCUUGAUCCAAUUGCUGGUCUUCAAUCAAUUCGAUCAUUGGAUUUGAGUCGUAACUCAUUUUCAGGAUCACUGCCUUCAGCAUUGACUAAGCUGACAAACUUGGUACAUCUAAAUCUGUCUUCCAAUGGUUUUACCAAGAAGAUUCCAAAAGGUUUUGAGCUCAUUUCUGACCUAGAGGUGCUAGACUUGCACGGUAAUAAGCUCGAUGGCGCACUGGACGCGGAAUUUUUUCUCCUGUCUCAAGCCACUCGUGUUGACUUUAGUAAUAAUAUGCUAACCAGCUCUGACAGAGAGCAUGGAAAGUUCUUGCCCCGAAUCUCUGAUUCCAUUAAGUAUUUAAACCUUAGUCAUAACCAGCUUACUGGAUCAUUGGUCAAUGGAGGCGAGUUAUCGGUGUUUGAAAACUUGAAAGUAUUAGAUUUAAGCUACAAUCAGCUUUCAGGAGAGCUGCCCGGUUUUAGUUUUGUGUAUGAUCUCCAAAUCUUGAAGCUUAGCAACAAUAGAUUUUCAGGAGAUAUUCCUAAUAUCCUAUUAAAAGGAGAUGCUCUGGUUUUAACUGAACUGGAUUUGAGUGCCAACAAUCUCUCAGGGCCAGUAAGUAUGAUCACGUCAACCACGCUACGCGUCCUCAAUCUUUCAUCUAAUCAGCUUACUGGUGAACUUCCAUUGCUGACUGGAAAUUGUGUUGUGCUUGAUCUCUCAACCAACAAAUUUGAGGGAAAUUUAACAAGGAUGAUAAAGUGGGGGAACAUUGAAUUCCUUGAUCUCAGUCAGAAUCUUUUGACGGGGCCAAUCCCCGAGAUGACUCCACAGUUUUUACGGUUAAAUUUUCUGAACUUGUCUCAUAAUACCCUGAGUAGCUCGCUGCCGAGUGUGAUUACCAAGUAUCCAAAGCUUCAGGUCCUUGAUCUGAGCUCUAACCAGUUUGAUGGACCCUUGUUAGCCGACCUGCUCACAAUGCCAACUUUGAAAGAGCUCCACCUGGAAAACAAUUUACUUAGUGGUGCUGUUAAGUUCUUGCUUCCUUCACCAGGUCAAGCGAACCUCGAGGUUCUCGAUCUUUCUCAUAAUCAGUUAAGUGGCUAUUUUCCCGAUCAAUUUAGAUCAUUGACUGGCCUUACAAUGCUGAGUAUUGCUGGCAACAAUUUUUCUGGAUCCUUGCCCACUUCCAUGUCUGACCUGAGUGCAUUGGUCUCAUUAGAUAUAUCACAGAAUCAUUUCACCGGUCCCCUUCCGAGCAACUUGUCUAUUGACAUUCAAAACUUCAAUGCGUCAUAUAAUGAUCUUUCGGGGACUGUCCCCGAAAAUCUGAGGAAAUUUCCAAGUUCUGCAUUCUAUCCUGGAAAUUCAAGACUGAUUCUUCCAGAUAGUCCUGGAUCAAGCAAUAGUUCAGAUGAUAGAUCAGGGAGAAAGAAAAUGAACACAAUUGUUAAAGUAAUAAUAAUAGUCUCAUGUGUGAUUGCAUUGGUCAUUCUUAUCCUCCUUGCUAUUUUCUUUCAUUACAUCUGCAUAUCCAGGAAAACUCCACCUGAGCUUCCCACGACUAAGGACAUUCGUAGGCGUAAUUCUCGAAGCUCCUCCGGCGUUGGUGGAACUGGAGCUGUUAGCAGCCUGGUUGUUUCGGCUGAGGACCUUGUAACUUCAAGGAAAGGGUCUUCGUCUGAGAUAAUCAGCCCCGACGAGAAACUAGCAGUAGGAACUGGUUUCUCGCCUGCCAAAAACAGUCAUUUCUCUUGGUCUCCCGAAUCAGGCGAUUCAUUUACUGCCGAAAACCUUGCAAGACUAGAUGUGAGAUCACCCGAUCGUUUAGUUGGUGAACUCCAUUUCCUUGACGACUCGAUCUCAUUAACACCAGAGGAACUAUCAAGGGCCCCAGCUGAAGUGUUAGGGAGGAGCAGCCAUGGAACUUCUUACAGGGCAACACUAGAGAGUGGGAUGUUCUUAACGGUUAAGUGGUUGAGAGAAGGUGUGGCAAAGCAGAGAAAAGAGUUUGCUAAGGAGGCUAAAAAGUUUGCAAAUAUCAGGCACCCGAAUGUCGUUGGCUUGAGAGGCUAUUAUUGGGGGCCUACACAGCAUGAGAAGCUCAUCCUGUCCGACUAUAUCUCGCUGGGAAGUCUUGCGGGUUUUCUAUAUGAUCGUCCAGGAAGAAAAGGUCCUUUGACAUGGGCUCAAAGGCUCAAGAUAGCCGUUGAUAUAGCACGUGGCCUGAACUAUCUCCAUUUCGAUCGAGCCGUUCCACACGGGAACCUGAAAGCAACAAAUGUACUACUAGAUGGAGCAGACCUAAAUGCUCGAGUUGCUGAUUACUGCCUUCAUCGCCUCAUGACUCAUGCUGGCACCAUCGAACAGAUUCUCGAUGCCGGGGUGUUAGGCUAUCGAGCCCCAGAGCUGGCAGCAUCCAAGAAGCCACAGCCCUCCUUCAAGUCUGAUGUGUAUGCAUUUGGCGUGAUACUCUUGGAACUUCUAACUGGAAGAUGCGCUGGUGAUGUGAUCUCUGGUGAAGAGGGAGGGGUUGAUCUAACAGAUUGGGUGCGUCUACGGGUGGCCGAAGGGCGGGGCUCCGACUGUUUUGAUACUAUAUUGUUGCCUGAAAUGAGCAAUGCAGCAGCAGAGAAGGGUAUGAAGGAGGUGCUCGGUAUAGCUUUACGAUGUAUUCGAACCGUAUCAGAAAGACCAGGUAUCAAGACUAUAUAUGAGGAUCUUUCCUCCAUAUAGAUUAGAUGAUAGAGGCUGGAUUUGGAGUUUCUUUUGUUUGAUAUUUAUUUUUUUCUUUUGUUUCUUCACUGGGAAUUUAAUGUCUCAUUAGCUUCUCAUUUUCUGAAUUAGAUUAGCUUCUAUUUUCUGAGGUAGAUGAAGGAAGAGCUUCUUCCUUUUCCCUCAGUUUCCAUUGACCUUGUUAGUUUGAUCAGUUGUAAAAAAGAACAUGCUUUUAUGGAUACAAGAAAUUCCCACCUUUUGCCCC